GCUAGCGACUUCCGGGAAUCCAGCGUGUGCUGAAGUCACGCGUGCGCUAGUUCACAGCAGAGCGCGAGAGCCACACAUGCACUCCGUCAACUUAACUCAAUUAAAGGUACAGUUUCUCUGUGUGUCCUAGAGAAGACCAGAAUAAGCGCAAGAGCGUGUUUUUCUUCAACGAGCAUCUUUGUAGGUGUCAGUCAUGGGCAGGAAGCUGGACCCCACCAUCAAGGUGAAGAGAGGACCUGGACGCAAGGCCAGAAAACAGAAGGGAGCAGAAACUGAGCUGUCCAAGUUUUUAGUUGAUGAUGAUGGGCCAAAAAAACUUUCAAGCAGAUCAAGAAAACGAGCUGUAAAAAGAGCUCAAGUGACUAAAGAACCCAAACAAGAGGAAAAGCCUAAAAAAGGAUUCACAGAUGAGAAUAGUAAAUGGCUAAAACCAGCGCCGAGGAAGCGAAAGAUUGAACAAUCUGAAGAAGAUGAGGACAGUGACAGCCAAUGGGAAGAAGAUGAUGAUGAAGAGGGCUUUGAUAAAAAGGAAAUGGAGGAGGAGGAGGAGGAGGAUGAUGAUGAUAUGGUUGAUGACUAUGGUGCUGAUGAAGGGGAUGAACAAGACAGUGAUGGAGAAGAGCUUCUGCCAAUUGAGAGAGCUGCAAGAAAACAGAAAAAACAGACCAGCAAGAAACCAGAGAGUGACGAUGAUGAUGAUGACGAUGAUGAUGAUGAUGAAGAAAAGGAUGAUUUAAAGGAAGAUGGGGAGGAGGAAGAGGAUACUGUACAGGCAAAUAUUGAUGAAACCGAACAAUUCAAACUCCCAGCUGCAGCGGAGCGAGCGAAGGAGGGUCUUUUAGCAAUGGACCUACAGACCAUCCAUCAGAGGAUCAGAGAUAAUGUGGAUGUGCUGUCUCACUUCAGUGAGAAGAGAGAAGAGGGUAAAGAGAGAUCGGAGUAUCUCUCUCUGCUGCGCUCUGACCUCUGCACCUACUACAGCUACAACGAGUUCCUCAUCAGCAAACUCAUGGACCUUUUCCCUGUCUCUGAGCUGAUUGAUUUUCUUGAGGCCAAUGAAAUCCAGAGGCCAGUCACCAUCAGAACCAACACCCUGAAGACCAGGAGGAGAGACUUGGCUCAGGCUCUGAUUAACAGAGGAGUGAACCUGGAUCCAUUGGGGAAAUGGUCCAAAGUGGGGCUGGUUAUCUAUGACUCUUCUGUUCCCAUUGGAGCAACUCCAGAAUAUUUGUCAGGCCAGUACAUGUUACAAGGUGCAUCAUCAUUUCUGCCUGUAAUGGCGCUUUCUCCCCAGGAGGGGGAAUCGGUGCUGGACAUGAGCGCCGCUCCUGGAGGAAAGACCACUUAUAUGGCUCAGCUCAUGAGGAACACGGGCAUGAUUGUGGCUAAUGACGCAAAUGCAGACAGACUGAAGAGCGUGGUGGGAAACAUCCAUCGUCUCGGUGUCACUAACGCUGUCAUCUGCAACUAUGACGGCAGACAGUUCCCCAAGGUGAUGGGAGGUUUCGACCGAGUGCUUUUAGAUGCUCCUUGUUCGGGGACAGGAGUGAUCUCCAAAGAUCCAGGAGUAAAAACUGGCAAAGACGAGGCUGAUAUUCUUCGCUCGGCUCACCUGCAGAAGGAGCUCAUCCUGUCUGCUAUUGACUCCGUCAAUGCUGAUUCUCCAACUGGUGGAUACCUUGUUUACUGCACAUGCUCUAUUAUGGUAGAGGAGAACGAGUGGGUGGUGGACUAUGCUUUAAAGAAGAGAAAUGUAAAGCUUGUCCCCACUGGACUAGACUUUGGCAAGGAGGGAUUCAUCAGAUUCAAAGAAAGACGUUUCCAUCCAUCUCUCAAACUGUCUCGCCGAUUCUAUCCUCACUCCCAAAACAUGGAUGGAUUUUUUGUGGCCAAGCUAAAGAAGCUGUCUAACGCCAUCCCCAGCGCACCGAGAGAAAGAGAAGAUGAAGAAGAAUCUUCAAAAACGGAGACCGCAGCCUCGUCCGAGCAGAUCCAGAAUCCAGAGUCUAAGCAACAGAAGCCCAAUUCAACGCCAGAGAAAAGCAACAUGGGCCAGAAGCAGAAAUUAAAACCGAAAAAAUCUGAGACGCCCAUCAUCACAAAGAAAACUGGAGUGAAAGCUGAGAAUAAAAAACCCGAUGGUGCCAAAAAGGCCAAAAUUGCUAAGUUGGAUGGUGAAACAUCCAAAAAGAAUGAGAAACCUGACAAAAUGCAGAAGGUAAAGGAACUGAAUGGAGAUUCAACAAAAGAGGUGGUGAUGGAGAAGAAAGAGGGGAGCCAGUUUGAGAAGAAGAACGAAAUGAAAAGAAAGAACUUGUUGAAGAACAAUACAAACAGAAUGGGGAAAAACAAGUUUAGGAAGUUAAAAAGUAUGGUUGGACAGUGAAAGUGUUCAUUGACAUGGACCUGUAUGUUCAGGACUGGGAUCUUCAUUGAUAAGCAAACUCAAGUUAUUUUAGUUGUCUUUAACCUGACCUUUCCUUUUAGCUUUUCAGGAAGUCACCUCAGAAAUCAGAUCAAAAACUGUUGAUGUAGAAGUGAAAUGUUCCCUUGAGCCUGAGUGCAUCACGACUGCUAUUCAGCAGCACCUAUUGACUCCACUUUUCACAUCGCUUCGCUCCCGCCAUAGAACAUUUAUCAGUGCGCAAAAAGUUUUCUUGGGGUUCAAAUGGCUGAAACGCUCAUCAGAUGAAGUUCAGCGGUGUGCGAUCUAUCUUUCUUCCCACCCGUCUGGCCUGGUGCCUGUGUAACCAUGGUAACGUACUUAUCGCAUCGUGCAUCGUGAAGCCCCGAGCUAGUGCUCUCUGAACUGCGAUGCUUUCUCUGUGCUUGCAUGAAAUCCAUCUCUCCCUCCAUAAAAGAUGGCCCAGAACUCCAUAAUUAUUGCCACUUGUUCCUCCCAAAGCGGUUCUGUUGAAAUGUAGCACAUGUGUAGGCAAAGCGUUUAUUUUAAUCACAUUGCAGUCAUUACAUGCAAGGAGAUUAUUUAAGGUUGUGGCUGAAGGCUGUAGAUGAAGCAAUUCGGCAGGCUUGUGGGUAAAGCGCUUCAGAUCACACUAGUUUGACACCCCACUGAUUGAGUGCCAUUGUAGAAGGGUAAUUAUAAUGAUCACCUUGCAGAGGCAGAAGUAUCCAGUCUAGAUUUUAUAAGAAAUACUUCCCUUGUUUUGUCCUGUACAGAAAAAAGGUAGGUCACUGACAAUGACAACAUGCAUUUCGAAUGUAAUACAUCCAGACUACAUGCAUACCUCAAUAUAUUGAACAAUGGUUGUGAAGUAUAUACUUAUUCAAAUUAAACUAAGGAAUGCGGAAUCAGAAGCAGAAAAAUUCAUGAUGGUCUUCUCUAUGAUAUUUCGUGUUUUGUUUUUGAAAAGAGGCUCCGUAUCAUAGAAAUUUGGGUCUUUUUUUGACUUGGGCUAAUAAGCAACCACCAAUCAACAUCCUAGCAUAGCAACUUGCUCACAACAACUCAAAACGUGUGGAUAUGGAAGUAAAAACCACAAUUUAGCACAUGAAACAGAUACUUAAAUAACAUUAAUUCCAUUGGCCUGGGGUGUUGCCUUUAUGUAAAUGUGCCGGGCCGGCCCACCCGCCCCUUUAAUUUAUGUUCCGCUGUGUUUUGAUUGUGGUGCUUCUGGGCAUGUUUGUGUCUCGUCGUGACUGCACAGUUUGAGCGUAUAGUUAAUCCUCUCACUGCUGGGAAAUACGCCAGAGUCUUCGUUAUAUCCUCCAGCUGCCUAGAUCAGGAAUGACUGCAGAAACGUGUAGGCCUUCGCUCAAGUCUGUACCUGGGAGACGCAGCUGUCAAACCCAACUACACUCCGUUUCAGCCAAAGAAUAGUUCAACCAAAAAUGAAACGUUCUUUGGAUCAUUUCAAAAGCUUUCAAUUAAUUGUAUUUAAUAAUUUAAGGCAGAAUAUUUAGGGUUGCCCUUAAUGUGCAUUUGCAUUCUCCACUAUACGAUAUUACAUGUGAUAUUUAGACAGAUGGGUUUUUAUUAAAAAACAAACGUCUCUAAAAAAAAACAGCCACGUUUGUUUUUUCCUUCAUUGCACUAGCCUGAAAAAGCGCAUCUCUAGACCUUCAGUUUUCAUCCCACAUCCCUGCUUCUUACAUUUUUAAAUCAAAAAUAUGUGAAUGGCACUGUAUCACUUUUCUUGACAACAUUUUUGCACUCUGUCGGCUGUUUAGAAACCAAACACGGAUGACUUUUCAAUCAGUUCUUUUUCAGUGAUCAA